AAUUUGGAAUCAUUGCCUCAAUGUGGUUUGCCUUCUAACUUGCAAUCAUUUUUCAUUGUCGACUGUGAGCGACUAUCUUCCGUGCCUAUAAAAGACUGGGGUUUCCAACGGUUGGCUUCUCUCUCAGGACUUCAGGUUAAAGGUGAUGGAAGUGAAAGGAUUCUCUGUAAUUUAUUGAAGCAUCAAUUAUUGCCCACUUCUCUCAUGCGUAUCGACAUAUGCGAUUUCUCCAAUCUUAAAUUGUUAGAUGGAAAAGGGCUUCGAUGCAUUACUUCUUUAGAAGAGCUCUACAUCUCAGACUGUCCACAGCUUGAAUCCUUGCCAGAAGAUGAGCUGCCAUCCUCUCUUUUGGAGCUGAAUAUCUCUGGUUGCCCUAAAUUACUUAAAAGGUAUGAUUUUCAAAGAGGACGACACUUGUCCAAGAUUGCUCAUAUUCCUACUGUACAAAUACAUGGCAAAUAUUAUGAUCCUUGGGAAGCAUCACAAGAAUGUACUAGGCUUUCAAUGGACGAAGGUGAGGGAAGCAGUAUAACUCUUGAGCUUCCAAAUAGACGAGAUCUAUUGGAAGCAAAAAGCAAGUUAAAAGAAAUGAAAGGGGAUCAGGACGAUUUGCGACUGUUUUGGUAGAGAGGCUGCUGGCUCUGAGAAGAUGAGGAAGCAGUAAAAAAGAGACAGAUAUGAUAUGUAGCGAAGGUAGAUAAGAAGCUAACUCAGUUGCUGAAGCUUAGCAACAGUUCUGUUUUUUUUUUUAAUGUUAAAUGAAUUUUUUUUUAUUGAAGAAUGUAAAAGGAUUUCAAUGGAUCUGAUUCUUUGUUGGACUUGCAUAAUUACCUAAAUUGUAGAUAUGAAAGUAUAAUUUGAGAUUCACCUUGAAGAAUUUUUCUUAAGGUUUUAUGCCAUCCAUAAAUUUGGAAGAAUGAUAGUUAGGUUUCAAAAUUA